AUGUCUAAUCCAAGCGAUCCAAGUUCCUAUACCGUUGGAUGGGUUUGUGCUUUGUCGACAGAGUUCACUGCAGCCCAGGAACAAUUCGAUGAGGAAUAUGAGCCACACGAAUCACCUGCGCACAGGGAAGCAAACGACUUCAAUGUGUACAGUUUCGGCAAGAUCAAAGGCCACAUGGUGGUUGUCGCUGUGAUGCCAAAUGGUCAAUACGGGACUGCAUCUGCAGCCACUGUGGCCAAGGAUAUGAUACGCAGCUUUCGGAACAUCCGUUUUGGUCUUAUGGUCGGGAUUGGCGGAGGCGCUCCUACUAAACAGCAUGAUAUUCGCUUGGGGGAUAUUGUGGUCAGUUCACCUACACCGGGCCAGAGCGGUGUCUUCCAGUACGACUUCGGAAAAGCUACAAAAGAAGGGUUUCAACCCACCGCAUCGCACAAUAAACCACCCCCGCUAUUACUCGCUGCAGUAGCAGGGCUUAAGACCCAAUAUGAGCGAAAGGGCCUUCAGAUUCAUGAGAAGGUCAGCAGCAUCGUCGCAAACAACGAGAGAUUAAGGGUCAAAUAUGGGCGUCCAGACGAUCCAGAUUCUCUGUUUUCACCUACGGUUGAUCAUAAGAGUGCACCAUGUCAUAAGUUUUGCGUGGCAGCCCCGACUGAUCUAAUCGAUCGCUCACUACGACAAGAACCAAUGGAGGUUGUCGAAGUCCACUAUGGUACCAUUGCUUCGGGUAGUACUCUCAUGAAGAAUGCUUUCAAGCGAGACGAACUUGCUGCCGAGGCAAAUAUCUUAUGUUUUGAAAUGGAAGCCGCUGGAUUGAUGGAUGAAUUUCAAUUUCUCAUUAUUCGCGGAAUCUGCGAUUAUUGUGACUCUCAUAAGAAUGAUAAUUGGCAGGGUUAUGCAGCUAUGACAGCGGCAGUAUAUGCUAAGCAGAUUCUAAGCAGAAUCCGCCCAGAGUCCGUUGCAAGGGAGCAAACUAUGAUCUCAAAAAUUGAUGAAGUAAUUUCCGGCGUGGAGCAUUUGAAACGAUCCAUUGCAGAACAGGAAGUACUGGACUGGCUCUCUGAUGAAGAGUUCGGAGCUUAUCAGUUCGAUGAACGCAGUAAAAGAGCUCCAGGAACCUGCCAGUGGUUUCUCAACUCACCGGAAUAUCAGUUUUGGACACAAGAAAAAAGCCAAGUCCUUUUCUGCCCAGGCAUUGCCGGGGCUGGAAAGUCCGUCCUCGCAUCUGCCGUCAUCGAGAACCUGCAUGCUCGCUUUCAACCCAAUUCGAGCACCGCCAUCGUCCAUAUUUACUGCCGAUACAAUCGUGCCGAUCGGCAAACAUUCGACGAAUUGCGGGCGAGUAUACUGAGACAGCUUUGUGAACGAUUGUCUCCCCUCCCUAAGUGCAUAAUGCAGGUUUACGCCGAAUACAAGCUUCAACGGGUGAAAAUCCCUCAAGAGACGAGUCUUUCAGCGCUGGAAUCCGUCUUAGGCCUGUUUUCCAAAGUCUUUCUGGUUGUUGAUGCGUUAGAUGAGUGGCAAGCAGGAGACGACGCAAGGCUUUACUCCCUGCCAGGCGAGCUUCUCUUUCUUCAAAGGAAAUUGGCCAUUAACCUUCUCGCCACAUCUCGACCUUUACCCCUCAUUACAAAUCAGUUUGAUAGUUACCCUUCCCUUUCGAUUAUUGCUCAACAGGAGGAUAUUGACGCCUACGUUGACAACUUUGGAUGGUCCGAGUCGAGCUGCAUUGGCAAGAUACCAGGACUAAGAAAUAUGGUAAAAGAAAUCAUGUCAAGACUUGUCAAGGGAAUGUUUCUUUUAGCGAGGCUAUACCUCCACUCACUAGAACACGAGACCUCGGAAAGGGACGUGAAAGAUGCUCUAGAGCGACUCGAAGACCGGGCGAAGCAUAACACCAACCCAAAGUUCAAUAUUGUGGACCAAGCAUACAGUGAUACUUUAAAGCGGCUCAGAGAACAAAAUCAAAAACACUGUGACCUAGCCUUUCGAGUUAUAACUUGGAUAUGUUGCACAGGCUGGAGGCUACCAGUCGAUGCAGUCCAGCAUGGCCUUGCCUUACGGGAAGGUGACACAACCUUUCAUGAAGAUGGGAUGAUCGACCAACAAUUAAUGCUUUCUGUAUGUUGGGGCUUGGUCGAGAUUUCAAAAGGAAGCGGAGAACUACGGCUUGUCCACUAUACUACCAAAGACUUUUUCCGGCAUAACCGGCAUUUGCUUGAGGAAUAUUUCCUCACCCGGCAUUCACUCAACUGCUACUUGCCUUCAGGCACUGAUGCCUAUCUCGCAAGGCAGUGCCUCACCUGUUUAUCCAUCGGCUUACCGAGGCAGCGCUCGGAAGGCAUUGGCAACGACUCGCAGAAGCGAUUCCGAUCUUGUGAUGCGUUCAAACCUUCUAGGCUUGCACGACUACAUCUGAGGCGAAAAAGUUCUCCGGAACGGCGCAACUACGAGACUUUGGUAGACGAAAUUAAGAGGCUUCCGCUAUACGAAUAUAGCGCAUUCAAUUGUGUUGGCCACUUGAAACGCCUCUCGCGGUUUGAUCAAACAUACAUAAAUUCCAUCUCGUUGCUCCGAAGACGAGGUAUGUUCGACCAGGCGGUCCUGGUCGUACUCGCCCUUGGUGAUCGGUGGGGGGGGGAAAUUCAAGCACCCAAAGAACUGAAUCCCUGUCACCUGGCUGCCCUCUUCGGGCUCAUUGAUUUGGCAAAGUCGCAGAUGGAGAGGCCCAACCUCGAUGCAAUAGACGAUUGUGGCCCGGAUGAGCUUGUUUGGGCGAUGGAAUGCUUGGCAUUCAAAUUUUCAUUCAAUUCUAAAAUCGAUAUUCCCUCGCACUCUUCACAAUUCUACUUCGACAUUGGCAUGGAUCGUCGUCGUGUUGUUAAGGCUUUGAUAGCAUCAGGUGCUAACCCACACAUGCUUGGAUAUGAGGGGAACACCCCUCUACACUUGGCAGCCAUUUCAGGAGACGGGGAUAUCAUUAAAAUGCUACUCGACCGUGGAGCAGACAUUCGCAAAUCAAAUGAAAGUGGCCAUAUUCCUCUCAUAUUGGCAAUCCGACAUCAACGGCAUACGGCCUACACAGAGCUCCUCGAACUCGGUACAGUCGACAUGUGUGGAGAGAACCGUCGCACAGCUCUCAUCGAGGCUGCUUCGGUUGGAGACUUGACCCUAGUAGAGACGCUGAUUGGAAAAGGUGCCACAGUUGACUUUUCGGAUGAUACCGGGCAAACUGCUUUGAUGGAAGCCAGCACACGAGGCCACCCUCAAAUCGUUAAGCUCCUCCUCGAAAAGAAGUCUGAUGUGAAUCGCAAGGAUCACAACUGUCACACCGCUCUUAUCAAAGCGUGCAUUGGUGGUGAAUCCAGCGUUAUUGAGUUGUUACUUGGAGCCAAUGCUAAACUAGAAAUUACGAACGCUGCGAGAGAAGCUGUUCUUUCCAAAGUAGGUAGCAGGUGUGGAGAGAGCACCAUCAAGCGAUUCCUCCGAUACAGCACAGAUCCUACUACCCGAGAUCGACAUUCCGGCUAUAUUCUUGUUUCCGCCAGCGAGCGUGGACGCCUAGAUAUUGUUUCAUCGAUGCUAGAAGACGCCGCAUUUAAGCCAGCUUCAGAGUAUCUCGACCUUGCCUUCUCAAAUUCAUGCUCGGCGGGAAACGAGAAAGUUAUGAAACUUUUGUUAGAUCAUGGCGCAAACCCCAAUAUAAACCUCAAGCCUAGGCAUUCAACAGAAACAGUUCUGACGCAUGCUAUUCAACAGGGUGGCGAUGCUGUCGUCUUGUUUCUCUUAGACGCUGGCAUCAACUGUGAAAACGAGAACGACGUCGGAAUGGGGCCUAUUCACGAAGCUGCAUCAACAGGCACAAAAUUAAUGGUUCAGAGUCUAAUAGACAGAGGCGUUUCUGUUAAUCAUCGUGCCUCCAUAGGACGAAUGCCUCUGGACUUUGCAAUGAGGCGUGAAGACAAGGACACUUCUAUCGCGGACUUCCUUCGAGAACGUGGUGCAAUCACUGAGGUAGAGCGACUAGUUCGAUUUAUGCGAAAUAGAAGGAAGAAGGUCGAUUGA